GCAUCUGUACUUGUAUUAUAUGAUCACAGAUGAGUAAAGUAAACAAAGAUCAGCAGUUUUUGUUCAUGAAAAUAAAUAAGAAGUGGUUAGUUUUUAGUAAUUUUUCGUCAACAAAAUCUGAAUAUGGAUGGAUACCUCGAAAAAGAGGAUUGUAUUAUCCAAAUUAGGGAUAAGUUACGUAAAGAUAGCAUCAAAUUAUGGUUACCGCCGUAUUCUUCCGAAUCAUCUUCAGAUAAUGCUUUGAAGAAUUUGUCAGGAGAUUAUAGUGAACAACUGAAAAUUCCUUUCGAAAUUUGUUACGAGACGAUUAAGUUAUUACAAAAAAAAUCACUGGACAAUUUAAAACAGAAAAAUGCAUUUGAAGAAUCUGGAUUAGCUUCUUUGAAGAUAAAAAUAUUACAUCAAAACUCUCCACCCACUAUUAUUAAUAAAAAUAUUCUUCUUUCAACAAGAACUGCUGAUUUAAAAAACAUCAUCAAACAAGAUGUUGAAAUUGCAGUUGAUCAUUGGAGGAUCAAUUUGGAAAUGCACUUCAAAUUCCGUCAAGAGAAAAAAAAGCAUUAAUAGUUGCUAUGACCUUACAUGAAAAAGGAAAGUCUGCUUUGAAGAGAAAUGAUUAUUCCAGAGCAUUGAUCUUUUUUUUAGAAGCAGAUCAAGAAUUCAGACAAUGUAAUUCCCAAUUACUCAAAACUGUCGAUAAUUAUGCUUUAUUAGAUUUGGAUAUAGCUUGGUGCUAUUUAUGUUUGGAAAGUUUAGUCCAUUUGCCAGAAGCAUUCGAAAGACUACGUAGAUGUGAGGAAAAAUUUCAUUCAACUUACGGACCUAAUUUGGAACGACUCAUAGCAGUUAAAGGAACACCAGGAAAUGAGGAAGCUUUAUUCUUGAGACUUCAUUUGAUGCAGGCUAUAGUUCUUUACCACCAAAACAAGAGACCUGAAGCUUUGAAUUUAUUGAAAAAGGUGGAAAGUGAACUGCAGAAACUCAAAGUCGACGACGAAAGUUUAAUAACUCUGACAGAACUAGGUUAUUCUGUUGCAGAAGCCACAUUGGGUUUGCGUGCUACCAAAGGUGAUGUGAAUAAGGCAGCUAAUUACAUAAAUGAAAAUCGUGAAAAAAGAGCUGAAGCCAGAAGAAAAGCGCAAGCAAAGGCUAUUUUGGAAAAAGAAAAGAAGAAACUUGGAAAAUGCUCAGACGGAAAGCAAUUUGUAAAUCCAAAUUUUUUAAAAAUUCUAGUUAAUAUGGGAUAUAACAAAGAGGUCGCCCGAGUAGCAUUGAUGAAGAAAAAUAACAUAAUUUCUGAUAGCAUACAGUAUAUUCAGGAAAACCCAUUGCCAAGUUCCAGCAAAUCUAAAAGUACCGAGCUUCUUGCACUGAUCGAAGAUUUAUCAAAAGAGCUAGUGGAUGCCGGUUUUGAUGUCAGAAUGGCCAGGCUUGCAUUAGAAAAACACUCUGGAGAUAUAAUGAUGGCAGCAGAGGAGCUUAUUACCAAUGAUGGAAUUGUUUUAGGAGAUCUGUCAAAGAUAGAAAUCCCCAAAAAUAAAAAUCUAGAGGUGUCAUGUCUGUUGAACGAGAAGGCCACUUAACAGGAGCAUUUGUAA